UUGAUUAAUUUCCAAAGAGGCCUGAUUGGGGAUUUCACAAUAAAAGAGCAACCUAUCCAGUAAACCGCCUGUCAUAUGUGUUAACCACAGACUACACGUUGCUUCCCCACCAGUCAUAACUUGUCUUAGAUCACCUGUGUGGCGUCAUGGUGCUAUACUUCCGGGAAGAAGAACAAAUAAGUAGACUGCCUCGACUGGGAAAAGGCUGAAAAAGUCAGUAAACGCUGCCUACGACUGCUGAAGCGUGUCCCCACAUCAACAUGGACAUCGCCGCAGUAAAUGCUCUUCCCUACGAGGAUUUUGUGUAUAUUUUCGGGAAUGUGGUGGAGAAGUGUCCCAUUAUAACAGCAGCUGUGUGGUCGAGGCGUCCCUUUGUGAAUUUCACUGCUCUGGAGGCCGCAAUCAGUGAAUUUAUAGAUGGGCUCCCGGAAUCAGGUAAAGAGGGGAUCCUCAGGUGUCACCCAGAUCUCGCUGGCAGGGACCUCCACGGCGGCACCUUGACGCGUGAGUCCCGUGAGGAGCAGGCUGGUGCCGGGAUGGAUGCGCUGAACUCCGUGGAAGCCUCGAACAUGGCCCGGCUUAACGAGGAGUACAAGGAGCGCUUCGGGUUCCCGUUUGUCAUCUGCGCCCGGAUGACCGACAAGGUGAACAUCUUACGGCAGCUGUCCGAGCGAUGCCGCAACGAGCGCGCGGUGGAGAGGGCGCGCGGCAUCGAGGAGGUGAAGAAGAUAUGCCGCGUGCGCCUCCAAGCUCUCGUGGUCGGUGAAGCCUCAAACAAGUUAUGAACCAUAAUAGACCUUUUUCCACGGCAGCCAUUUUGACAUGAAGUGAAGUCACAUGCUGUGAAAAAGGUCUGUCAGUGGAGGUUAAUUGGAUUUCACCUGUGCCAGUCUAACCAGCUGGAUUUAAAGACUGCUGUUGUGAUAUUUGCUUUAUUCCAGAUUUAUUAUGUGUUAUUCAUCCAUUAAACUGUACACUGAAUUAUUAAAAACAAUAAAAUA